CUAGUGGGUGACUGUGCGGCGGCCGCGGCAGCUGGACAGGAGACAGGAGAGGAGGGCGAGAGAGAGUGCCAGUCAGUUGGCGGCGGCCCAGAGUGUCGUACGGUGCCCGAAGGAGGGGAGGAAACGUCAGUGAAACUGAAACAGAGAUGACUGUAAAGAGUAACUGGCGGGGGGAAACAGACGGAUGGUAAUGCGUGGUCCUGGAGCUGUUAUCGUGUCUUGUGUGAGCGAGGGCCGAACACGUGUGAGGGCGGUGCGGGGAGCCAGUCACCAGCUGAUCAAUAUUACCACAACCCCAGUCACCAUCGCGGCUCCAGCUGACUGAGGUGGGGCUUGGCCAGGCUCGGCGGUGUGACUGCAGUGCACCUCGACCACCCGUCGCUGGAUCGUGACGGCAGAGGCGGCGCGGCGGGCACUGUGCCGCCGGGAGCCACGAAGGAGCGCACGCCGGAUUGCCUCUCCUGCCGGGGACGCUGACGAGUCUGCAGGGUGACGUAAGGCUGCUGCUGCUGCUGCUCCUGCUGGGGUGGGUGUCGCUACUCGUCUUUCUCCUGCUGGCGUAAUAGUGCGGCGCACGGGGAGGACGAGAUGGAGUGGUACUACUCGGACUGGCAGCGCACGGUGGUGGGCCUCACGCUGGGCGCUGGCUGCCUCCUAUACUACCUCCUCGACGCCGCCAAGGUGCCGUUGGUGGCUUGUCGGCGCGGCGCGUGGCGGGGCUUCCUGGAGCAGCACCUCACCAUCCUGCAGGAGCGGUACUGGCCCACGCCCUGGUGCUAUGAGUCCCUCUGCCAGACCAUCAUGGCCUCCGUGCUGCGGGCCAGGCUGCCGGACAUCGACUACAGGAGGGAGGUCGUGGGGCUGAAGGACGGCGGGCAGGUGAGUCUGGACUGGCUGGAGGCUGAGGGGGUCGCCAAGGGUCCCGCCGGGCUGGUGCUGGUGCUGCCGGGCCUGACGGGGAGCUCGCAGAGUGAGUACGUGAAGGGCGUGGUGCUGGAGAUACAGAGGGCGGGCGUCACCUCCGUCGUGCUCAACAACAGAGGGAUGGGAGGCCUUACCUUGCUGACCACCAGGACGUAUUGCGCGGCGAACAGCGACGACCUGGAGGCUGCGCUGAAGUACCUGAAGGAGACGAGGAACGGGGCGCCCAUCGUCGUCAUCGGCAUCUCCUUGGGCGGACUCAUCACCGGCAACUACCUGGCGACGCGGGGGGAGGCGGCGAAGGACACGGUGGCGGCGGCGGCGGUGGUGUCGGUGCCGUGGAAUAUGGUGGAGGGGCUGCGGAGGAUGGAGCGACCCGUGUGUAACCUGCUGCUCAACCGCUACCUCUGCUCCUGCCUCUGCGAGCUGGCCGACUCCUUCAGUUACCAGCUGGCGGGCGGCGAGCAUGACUGGAACCUGGAUGAUGUGAUGAAGAGCAAGACGAUGCGGGAGUUCGACACGCGAUUCACGGCGCGCCAGUUUGGGUUCCGAGACGCCGAGGACUACUACCGCUCGUCCAGCCUCCACGACCAUCUGCACCGGGUUCGAGUCCCCCUCCUCUGCCUUAACGCCGCCGACGACCCCUUCCAGCCCGUGUCAUUGCUACCCCUGGACGCUGCCAAGAUGUCAAGUCACGUGGCGCUGGUGGUGACCUCUCGCGGGGGUCACAUCGGCUUCAUGGAGGGCCUCUUCCCCAGCCGCGCCUACUACAGCGACCGACUCCUGACCCAGUUCGUGACCUCCGCCCUGGACAAUCCCGAGGGGCUGGAGAAGGUCACAAUGGAGGCGGGGCAGUGGAUGACCUCCAACGGGUGUAAAUGAUGAUGUCAGACAGAAAGAAGGUCAUGAAAGGUUGGGAUUUUUUUUUCUCGGAUUUUCAUCGUGACCUGACCUGACCUUACUUGACCUUCCUCGUUCUUUUCUUUAGUCGGUUGUUCUCUCUCACUUUUACAGGUUCGUGAUGUAGUGAUAACGGUUGGUUUACGUGUUUAUUUUUUUGUUUUGUUUUGUUUUUUGUCUUUUGUUUUUCAUAUUCUGUUUUUUUAUAUAUAUUUUUUCUUGUUUCAGGGCUUUUCGUUUCUGUCUAUUUUUUCUUCUUAUGAUACUGUUUUGCCUUGGUCUUGUUUAAGCAUCUAUUUAAUGGUUUGUUUCGUCUUUUUUUUUCCUUUUUUUUACAACAAAGGAGACAGCUCAAGGGCACAAAAAAAAGUAAACAAUAAUAAAAAAAAUAAAAAAGCCCGCUACUCGCUGCUCACAAAAAGAUUCCGAAGAGGUGGCCGAAAGAGAGGUCAAUUUCGGGAGAGGUGUCCAGAUACCCUUCUCUUGAAAGAGUUCAAGUCGUAGGCAGGAGGAAAUACUGAAGAAGGAAGAUUGUUCCAGAGUUUACCAGCGUGAGGGAUGAAAGAGUGAAGAUGCUGGUUAACUCUUGCAUAAGGGGUUUGGACAGUAUAAGGAUGAGCAUGAGUAGAAAGUCCCGUGCAGCGUGGCCGCGGGAGGGGGGGAGGCAUGCAGUUAGCAAGUUCAGAAGAGCAGUCAGCAUGAAAAUAUCGAUAGAAGAUAGAAAGAGAGGCAACAUGGCGGCGGAUAUUAAGAGGUAGAAGCCUAUCAGUAAGAGGAGGAGAGCUGAUGAGACGAAGAGCCUUAGACUCCACUCUGUCCAAAAGAGCUGUGUGAGUGGAGCCCCCCCACACGUGAGAUGCAUACUCCAUACGAGGGCGGACAAGGCCCCUGUAUAUGGAUACCAACUGUGCGGGGGAGAAGAACUGGCGGAGACGAUACAGAACGCCCAACCUCGAGGAAGCUGAUUUAGUGAGAGAGGAGAUGUGAAGUUUCCAGUUAAGAUUUUAAGUUAAGGAUAGACCGAGGAUGUUUAGUGUUGAAGAUGGUGACAGCUGAGUGUUGUUGAAGAAUAGGGGAUAGGUGUUUGGAAGAUUGUGUCGAGUUGAUAGGUGGAGAAAUUGGGUUUUUGAGGCAUUGAAGGACACAAGGUUCCUUUUACCCCAAUCGGAAAUGAUAGUAAGGUCUGAGGUUAAGCGUUCUGCAGCCUCCAGGCUGGAGUCAUGUAAUUCUUGUUGAGAGGGUCUUCUGUUGAAAGAAGUCGAAUAAUGCAAAGUGGAGUCAUCAGCGUAUGAGUGGCUAGGACAGUUUGUUAUGGAAAGAAGAUUAUUGAUGUAUAACAGGAAGAGAGUGGGUGAUAGGACAGAGCCCUGUGGAACACCACUGUUAAUAGGUUUAUGAGAAGAACAGUGACCGUCUACCACAGCAGAGAUAGAACGGCCGGAAAGGAAACUGAAGAUAAAGGAACAGAGAGAAGGAUAGAAUCCGAAAGAGGGCAGUUUAGAAAGGAAAGACUUGUGCCAGACUCUAUCGAAGGCUUUCGAUAUGUCUAGUGCAACAGAGAAAGUUUCACCGAAAUGGCUAAGAGAGGAUGACCAAGAAUCAGUUUAUGUCGUUUAUGUCGUUCGUCUAUGUUUUGAGAUUGUUUAUUUGUAUAUAUUUCCUGUUUCAAUGUUUUGUUUCUGUCUAUUUCUUGUAUUUUUUUUUGUUGUUGUUCCUGUUUAAAUGAUUUGUUGUUUCGUUAUCUUCUGUUUGUUUAUCCCUCCGUACUUUACCUGUUCUUAUUCUUUUGUCCUUGUCGGUUUAAGGUCGUAAGGCUUUUAUGAUUAAGUUACCUGGUGUGAGAGUAUCGAUUUCCCUCAUCAUAAAAGGUGUUGAAACUCCUAAAAAGAGAUUCACCACCUUGUUUUUCGUCCAAAGAGAUGAAAAAAGAAAAUGCGAUGAACCUCUUUUUAAGAGAUUCACCACCUUGUCUUACGUCCAAAGAGAAAGUAAAAAAAUAAAGUCCGGCCAGUUCUGUAAUCUAUUGAAAGCUUUAAGAUGAAAUGUUAUGAGUAGGACGAGACUGUGAUGCAGAGUUAUAAGUGGAGGUAUCUUUUGUCUGUUCUGGGUGGAGUGUUAUUGAGGCCUGAGAGUGUUGGGGUGAGUCAGGGUGGAGUGUGUUGAAGGUCGGGAGUGAAGUGCUGGAGUCUAUCUGGGUGGAGUGUGUGUUGAGGCCUGAGAGUGUUGCAUCAGCCAGGGUGGAGUGUGUUGAAGGUUGGGUUAGGCCUGAGUGUUGUCAGCCAGGGUGGAGUGUGUUGAAGGUUGGGUUAGGCCUGUGUGUUGUGUCAGUCAGGGUGGAGUGUGUUGAAGGUCGGGGGUGAAGUGUUGAGUCAGUUUGGGUAGAUUGAUUGUGUUGCAAGUCAGGUUAGGCAUGGGAGUGUUGCGUCAAUCAGGGUGGAGUGUGUUGAAGGUAGAGUGUUGGAGAGAAAUGUUGGAAUAAAGUGUUGGGGUGAAGUGUUACAGCCUUAAGCAAUAAGCAUUGUUAAAUUUUUCCCUUGUAAAUAAUGUAAAUAAAAUAAUAAUCCUCUUGA